AUGGUGUGCCUCUAUGUUGAUGACAUAUUACUAACAGGGAGUUAUGAACAUGAGAUAGCUAAGUUCAAGAAGGUGCUAAUGAAUGAGUUUGAGAUAACUGAUCUAAGAAAAAUGACAUAUUUCUUAGGUAUGAAGUUUAUGUACUCUGAAAAUGGUAUCAUUUUGCAUCAGCUAAAAUAUGAACUUGAGCUUCUUAAGAGAUUCGAGCUACUGAAUUAUAAGGUUGUUGUCACACCUGUAGAAACAAAUCGCAAAUUGGAUUCUAAUUCUGAAGGUGAUAAUGCAGAUGCCACAACUUUCAAUCAGUUGGUUGGAUCUCUGAGGUAUUUGUGUAAUACCAGACCUGACAUUUUCUAUGCAGUUGGAAUGGUUAGUAGGUUCAUGAGUAAACCGAAGUGGUCUCAUUACCAAACUGCUGUCAAGAUUCUGAGGUAUAUUAAGGGGACUUUGAAAUAUAGAGUUUUUUCCCUUUUGGUGAAAAGGCUAAUUCAGAACUGA